AUGGAUAGCGCCCAGUUUCAACAGGAGCCUAUGGCUGUCGUGGGCUUUGCCUGUCGACUCCCUGGUGGCAACCACUCUCCCUCAAAGCUGUGGGACUUCCUAGAAAGAGGUGGCGUCGCUUCCAAUGAGGUCCCUGAGACUCGCUUUAACAUCAAGGGUCACUAUGACGGCUCGCACAAGCCGGGAACCAUGCGGCCCAAGGGUGGCAUGUUCAUUGGCGACGUUGAUCUCGCCGACUUUGAUGCCUCCUUCUUCGAGAUCGGUGGCACCGAGGCCAUUGCCAUGGAUCCCAACCAGCGCCAGAUGCUCGAGGUUGUCUUUGAGGGCCUUGAGAACGCCGGUAUUCCCCUAGAGAAGGUCGACGGCGCGCCUGUUGCGUGCUUUGUUGGCUCCUAUGCAUCAGACUACGGCGACAUGCAGAACAGAGACGCCGAGGACCGACCAGCAAACUGCGCUAUUGGUGUCGGCCGCAGUAUCAUGGCCAAUCGCCUCAGCUAUUUUCUCAACGCCAAGGGCCCGAGUAUCACCAUCGACACGGCGUGUUCCGGCAGUUUGGUCGCCCUUGACCUGGCAUGCCGCUCCAUCCAGUCAGGCGAGGCUUCCACGGCCAUCAUCGCCGCGAGCAACUUCUACCUCAAUCCUGAUCACGUCAUGGAUAUUGGCAACGUCGGUCAGGCACAUUCCCCCACUGCAUUGUGCCACACCUUCGACAUGGACGCCGAUGGCUACGUCAAGGCAGAAGCAGUGAGCUGUGUAAUCAUCAAAAAGCUCUCGGACGCCAUUCGUGACCGUGACCCGGUCCGCGCAAUCGUUCGAGGCACGGCGUCAAACAGUAACGGACGGACAGGCGGUAUUGCAAGUCCCAGUUCCGAGGCACAGGCUGCAGCCAUUCGGCGAGCUUAUGCCAAUGCUGGCAUCUCAAACUUCAACGACACUGCUUAUCUUGAAUGCCACGGCACUGGCACGCAAGCAGGCGACCCGACUGAGGUUAAUGGCGCUGGAUCAGUCUUUGGAGCCUCACGCUCGGCAGAGCGACCUUUACUCAUCGGAUCUAUUAAGAGCAACGUGGGUCACUCAGAGCCAGCUGCUGGUAACUCUGGCCUGAUCAAGGCUAUUAUGGCCAUUGAAAAGGGUGUCAUCCCCGGCACACCUCUUUUUAUCAAGCCGAGUCCAAAAAUUGACUUCGUUGGUAACAAGGUGAAGGCCUUCCGCACAGCAGUUGCGUGGCCAGACAAGGACUUCCCUUUUCGCCGAGCCAGCGUCAACUCAUUCGGCUACGGCGGCUCUAACGCGCAUGCAAUCAUUGAACAGCCUGAGGAGUCUGUACGAGAUCACCAUGUGUCGUCUUACAGAAACCCUGACGACUACGACGAUGUAGGGGAGAGCGAGCGCCCCUAUACUCUGUUCAUAUCGGCAAACGAUGCCAAGUCUUUGAAAGGGAAUAUCGAAGCCCUCUGCAACCAUCUCGUCAACCCCCGAGUCAAGGUUAGCCUUGCUGACUUGGCAUAUACCCUCACGGAACGCCGCUCACGACUUUGGCACCGUGCCUUUAUCACUACUCAUAGCACUGAAAUCCAAGAGAACGACUUUACGGUCGGCAAGCGAGGCUCGCAUCCGCCAAAGGUCUCCUUUGUCUUCACUGGACAGGGUGCGCAGUGGCCCCAGAUGGGUAAGGACUUGCUCAACUACUUUCCAUGGACUCGGUCGAUCCUUGAGGAGCUCGAUCAAGUACUCCAGACUCAGACCAACCCUCCAUCAUGGUCUCUUGUUGAAGAGCUGACCGAGUCCCGGUCAGCGGAGCACCUGCGACAGCCAGAAUUUUCGCAGCCGCUUGUCACUGCACUGCAACUUUGCAUUAUCGCUGUGCUGGAGUCCUGGGGUGUCGUGCCUAGCAGCGUCAUUGGCCACUCGUCUGGCGAGAUUGCGGCCGCAUAUACUGCUGGCCUUCUAGACCGCGCCGGCGCAAUCAAGGCAGCCUUCUACCGUGGCCGUGCAGCGGUCAAUCGCAAGUCUGAGAUUGAAACUGAUGUCGGCAUGCUCGCUGUUGGUCUUGGGCCCGAUGGCGCCCAGCCAUUCAUCGAGAAGUACUCGGGCAGCGCUUGGAUUGCUUGCUUUAAUAGCCCUACCAGCGUGACCAUCUCGGGACGCAAGCCCGCGCUUGAGUCUCUGGCCGAGGACAUCAAGGCGGAGGGCCAUUUUGCACGGCUACUGCAAGUGGAUCUGGCUUACCACUCGGAAUUGAUGCAUCUUAUUGGUGUCGAAUACAAAGACCUGUUGGAUGCGGACAGCAUGUUCCACGCCUCGACAUCGUCGUCCCCUAUUAGCAUGUUCUCUUCAGUCACCGGCCAGAAGAAGGAGGACAGUGCAGACGGCGAGUAUUGGAAGACGAACAUGGUCUCUCCUGUCCGCUUCAGCGAGGCCCUGACAGAGCUUAUCAAAGAAGAUUCGCCAGACAUGAUCAUCGAGAUUGGGCCUUCCGGUGCCCUGGCAGGUCCUAUCUCGCAAGUGCUCAAGCCUUUGUCGAGUGGUGCUAAUGUGGCGUACGCUGCUGCAUGGGCUCGAGGGGCUAAAGCAGGCGAGGCCCUCUUUAAUGUGUCCGGUCGUCUUUUCAUGGCUGGCGCUUCGAUUGACAUGUCUGUUGUGAACCAGUAUGAAAGGGGCACAUGCCGCACCAUCACUGACUUGCCCAACUACUCCUGGAACCAUACCAUCAAGUAUUGGCAUGAAAACGCCGCCAGUCGAGACUGGCGUUUCAAGCAGUUUAUCACUCACGACCUUCUUGGAUCCAAGAUUCCCGGUACCUCGUGGGAGUCAUCAACGACCUGGCGCAAGCAUCUCUACCUUGACAAUGUGCCGUGGCUUCGUGACCACAAGAUGGGGCCAGAUGUUUUGAUUCCCGGUGCUGGUCUUGCAACGAUUGCACUGGAAGCCAUGUACCAGAAGCAUUGUGCCCUACACCCAGACCAGCAGCUAGAGUCCAAUGACCUGUGUUACCGAUUCCGGAACGUCAAGUUCGAGCGCGCCGUGGUUGUCGAAGAGAACAAACCGACUACCAUAAUGUUGACGCUGUCGAAAGUGCCGGGCAGCAAAGACUGGCACGAAUGGCGCAUCCAAACCUACGCUGAUGGUGUGACGUCUGACCAUUGCGGCGGUCUCAUUCGCGUCCAGGAGCCCCUCGGCGACGACGAAGCUCUCACAGGCGCAGACCUGGUGCCUUUGAAGCACCCUCAGUCAUCCAAGCUUUGGUACAAAGCACAGCGCGAAGUGGGAAUGGGCUUCGGUCCUUCGUUCCAGAAAGUCAAGUCCUUCGAGACGGUCAGCGGCAGCCGCAAGUGCCGAGCGCUCGUGGAUCUAAACCCGCCCGAGUCGAAGUGGAAGCCCGAAUCCUACUAUCCGCUGCAUCCUGCCACCCUGGACUGCUUACUGCAGACAGCCACUCCAGCAAAUGCUGCCGGAGAGCGAAGCUUGAUCAAAGACACCAUGAUUCCCCAUCUCGUCGACGAUAUGAUCGUGAACAGGAUGCCCAAGGGCAUGACUGAGGGUUUAGCCGUUGCCGAGUCGAUAUACACGGGUCGUGGCCGCAAGGAUGUUGCCAAGAGCUGGAUCGCCAACAUCAACAUUCACGACCCUGCGACUGGAGCGCCCAUCCUCAAGGUCAAGGGCUUGAACUAUGUCAAGCUCGACACUGACGAAAAGCCUGACCCCCACGUCUUCCAACGUGUGACUUGGAAGCCCGACAUUGCGCUUCUUACACAGGACCAGCUUUCCGUCCUGUCGGCUAAUUCAGCAGGCCCGCUUGACACGGUCCUUGACCUGAUUGCCCACAAGAAUCCCACCCUCAAGGUGCUUGAGUUGAAUGUAGAUGAGUCCGACGUCUCGACGCUGUGGUUUGCCGGCGAGGACCAGGCGGUGCGUGCAGCUUACGCGCAGUACGAUUUUGCCACUGCUGAUGCCAAGACGCUGGUAACUGUCAUGAGCGCCAACGAGACGAAGAGAGACACUGCCUUCCAUCUCAUGAACGCCUCAAAGGACGCUCUAGACCUACCCAGCACCGAAACCAAGUAUGAUCUGGCGAUUGUCAAGGCACCAAAGGGCAAGGACGAAGUCUUGGCCCAAGUACUUCGCAACAUGCAGGCUCUUCUCGCUCCGCAUGCAACGGUCACCCUAGUCCGUCAAGACAGCGAGCUACACACGAAGCUUGUAGGUGUUGUGAAUAGAGCGAAACCCACACAGACAGGUGACAUUGAUGCCACCAGCUCAUCGUCUGACGAGAGCGUCGAUACGCCGCUGUCGUCUAUUCCUUCUACGCCACCGGAGCUGGAUGAAUCAAAGAAUGGCGCUUUAAAGCAGGAGACAUUGUCGUCCCUCCUCAAGGAGAACAACCUCUUCAGCUCCGUGAAGGAAAUUGCAACUGCACCAGGCAAUGACUCGGUGUUCUUGCUGAGCAAGAAGUCCAUGGCUGAUGUUGCUGUGGCCCCUCAGCAGCUCACCGUCGUCAAAUUCCGCGCAGACAGCCCCAAGCUUUCAUCUGGCUUACAGAGCACGCUUAAGGCUUCAGGCUGGACGAUCCGCACUUGCAUGGUUGAGGACUUUGCAUCUCAUAAAGAUUACCAAGCCAGCGCAGCAGUCCUGGUCGUUGACGAGUUGCUGAAGCCUGUACUAAAGGACAUGCCUGAGACGCAAUGGGAUGCUUUCAAAGAGCUCGUAAGCGGUGCUAAGCCGGUGGUGUGGGUUACCAAGGGGGCUCAGACUGCCAGUGUCACUGAUCCUGACAACGCGCUCGUUCAAGGCCUCUUCCGUGUAGUACGCAACGAGAUCCCGGACGCCAGGCUGGUCACUCUUGAUAUUCAGUCGGCGCUCAGCGCGGCUACCAAUGUUGCCAUUGAUCAGGUGCUACAGAAGGUCCAGGCCAGCCACGACGGCGAGACGGAGUAUGCCGAGCGCGACGGAGUAGUGGUCAUCCAGCGUGUCAUUCCCGACAUCGAGCUCAAUGACUUCAAGACUGCAGAGCACAAGGGCCUCGAACCUGUGGUAAAGGGCUUGCAUGCCACUGAGGCGCAGGUCCGACUCCAGGCUGAGAAGGUUGGUACGCUUGAGAGCUUGACCUGGUGCGAGACCGCUGUUGGCGAGGUGCCAAUGGAGCCGGGCAUGGUUGAGAUUGAAGUCAAAGCGGUCGGCGUCAACUUCAAGGAUGUUGCAACAACCAUGGGCAUUGUGCCAGAGAAUGAGUACACGAUCGGUUGCGAGUGCGCUGGGGUCAUCAAGCGCAUCGCACCUGGAGUCGACAAAUUCAAGGUUGGAGAUCGCGUCGCCUGCAUGCGGAGCGGGACAUAUGUGAACCGCGUUCAGUGUCCCGCUGAUCGUGUGCAUGUCAUCCCAGACAACAUGAGCUUUGAGGAUGCAUCGACUAUUCCGCUGGUAUACUUGACCGCAAUUUAUGCGCUGUACCACCUUGGAAACCUACGAGAGGGCCAGUCCGUUCUUAUCCACUCCGCAGCUGGUGGCGUUGGUAUCGCCGCUAUUCAGCUUGCUCAGUACAAGAAAGCAGACGUCUUUGUUACUGUGGGCACCGCUGAUAAGCGGGAAUAUCUGGCCAAGAACUUUGGCAUUCCCGAGAACCGCAUGUUCAACUCGCGGAACACCAAGUUUGCGGCGGAAAUCCGACGCGAGACAGGCGGUCGAGGUAUCGAUGUCAUCCUCAACUCCCUCAUCGGUGAGUUGCUGGAUGAGUCGUGGCGUCUCACGGCCGACGGUGGCAUCAUGGUCGAGAUUGGCAAGCGAGACAUUGUUGACCGCAACACUCUUGCCAUGGAGCCGUUCGACCGCAACUGCUCAUUCCGAGCUGUCGAUCUUUCGUACACCAAGGAGAUCACCAAUGAGCUGAUCGGAAGGUUGCUCGAGGAGAUUUUCGACCUGGUCAAGGGAGGUCACGUCGGGCCAAUCCAUCCCAUUAGCCAGUACAGCUUCGACCAAGUGAUUCCCGCUCUGUCGUACAUCCGCCGCGGUCAACACAUCGGCAAGAUUGUUAUCUCCAGCGGUGAAGAGGACCCGCAGCUUCCGAUCCGUCCAGCCGUUCGCAAGCUUCAGCUAAAUGCUGACGUUUCGUAUCUCAUUGUUGGUGGACUGAAAGGCCUCUGCGGCAGUGUUGCUGUCCACAUGGCCCGUCAUGGGGCGCGUCACAUUGUUGUAAUGAGCCGCAGCGGUAUUGAUGACGAGGCAUCGGCACGGUGCAUUGCACACUGUGCAGCAUGGGGUUGCGAGGUGACAUGUGUCAAGGGCGAUGUUGGCGACGACAGCUUCGUUGACGAUGUUUUCAAGUCUGCACCCAAGAGGAUUGCUGGUGUGAUCCAAGGUGCCAUGGUUCUCAGGGACAAACCGUUUGAGACGAUGACGCAUGACGACUAUGUGACUGGUCUCCACGCUAAGGUCGCCGGUACGUGGAACCUACACCACGCAGCACAGCGGCAGCAGACGCCGCUUGACUUUUUCACGCUGCUGUCCAGUAUCUCUGGUGUUGUCGGCAACAAGGGUCAAGCCAACUACGCUGCCGCGAACGCGUUCUUGGAUGCGUUUGCCUACUACCGGCAGGCGAAGGGGCUGCACGCCAACACGGUCGACCUGGGGGCCAUUCAGGAUGUUGGCUACAUGGCGGAGCAAGGUGGAACCCUUGAGGCACGCUUUGACAAGCGUCAAUGGACUCCCAUCGAUGAAGCUAUGCUGCGCCGGAUCAUGAGCUACUCCAUUUUACAGCAGGAGCAUCAACCAAUCCACAGCAACAGUAGCGCUCAGCUCGUCACAGGUCUGGCAUACCCGCUGGUGGCUGACGGAUCGGACUUGGCGAGCGAGCCCCGCUUCUCUUACUUGUUCAGCAGUCACGCUGGCGGCAGCGGUGCUGGGGACGAAGCAGGCGAGGGCAACAGCGAGAUGGAACAGGCGAUCAAGGCGUUUCAUGUCCUGCACGGGACGGGUGCCGAGGCCGCGGCACUGAACACGGCUGCACUGGGCCUGUUACAGCCACAGAUCACCAAGCUGCUGCGCCUCGAGACGGAGAUGGAGCCCGGUAAGCCGCUGUCCGCGUACGGGCUCGAUUCGUUGUCGGCCGUUGAACUGCGGGGUUGGGUGCGGCAGAAGCUGGGUGCCGAGCUGAGCACUCUCGAUAUCACCAACGCGAGCUCGCUGAUUGCAUUAAGUGAGAAGCUGGUGGCGAAGCUGCCGGCGGCCGGCGAGGGAAAGAAAUAG